AUGCCUUUUUCCAAAGGUGGACUUGGCAUUGCUUCCUUUCAUGCUCUAAGGUCUGCCUUCAAUUGUGAUACUAUUCUCAGGAUCUAUAAUCUUGACUCGCAACUUUUCAGAUGGUUCAAAAUUAGGUACUCCUCCCCUUGGAAGCCAACUCCUCGUCACAGCACUGCUUUUUGGAAAAGUUUGCAAAUUACGGCUAAUCUGUUUAAAAGCAACUUUAAGUUUCAUGUUAUUGCAAAUAGCUCCAUUGCUAUACUUUGGGACAAUUGGAGUUCCAACGGCUCUUUACUGGAUUCCUUUCCACAUUUUGAUUACACUUCUGUCAUUCAGGAUUCUACUAUUCUGGCUAAAUGGAUGGAUGGGUACUCUUGGUCUCUUCGAACUCCUCUCACCUCUCAGAUGGCUGAUUUUAUUACCUCCACACCUAUUGCCAAUAGCGGCAGCAGACACCUUACUUGGGAGAAUAAUGAAAAUGCUACCUUCAAGGAUUUCUAUAAAGAAUAUUUUGCUUUUGAAAAUGAUGUGGAUUGGGCUUUUUGGGUUUGGCACAAAAAACACUCUCUUAGACACUCUGUUUACUCCUGGAUGGCUCUCUCUAAUGGUCUCAAAACUUUAGCUGCAUUGAGUGCUAGAAAUAUUGUAAUUAGGGAUGUUAGCUGCCCCCUUUGCCAUCUCCACCCUGAAACCACUGCUCACCUAUUGUUAGAAUGUGACUAUUCUUUUCAGGUUAUAUGUAAGCUUAUCCCUCAAUUUACAAGUUUUCUCUUUAGACCUAACCUUGCUCAAGCUUUUCAGUUUAUUUCUGGGAUUGAUUCUACUAAGAAGGUUAAGCUUGGGCUAUUAUUGAUCCUUAACGUUACUGAGUAUUUCAUUUGGAUUGAGAGGAACUCAAGGAAGUAUAAUGGGAGGAUUUCUUGUGCUAUUACGUUGGCUAAGAAAAUCUCUAGUGUGGUUUACCUAAAACUUAAUAGUUGGAAAUGUGGAAAUUCGGUAAAAGAAAAACUUAUGGUGAAGUAUCAUUAA